CGGCUCUGCCACGCCGCGUCCAGCCCAAUUUCCCGAAUUAAGACUUCGCGGGCUCGAAUUGACUAUAACGUCGUCUUCCGCACCGCGGUCCUCUUAGCGGUGUGAGGAAUCAAGGCCCUACCGGGCCGCCGUAGCCGCCUUUUCGUAGUGGGCGGGGCCAAGGCCGGGGUGACCCCGCCGGAGCCGCCGCUGCCAGCGACAUGUUCAAGGUAAUUCGGAGGUCCAUGGGGCCAGCCAGCCUGAGUCUGCUCACCUUCAAAGUCUAUGCAGCCUCGAAAAAGGACCCACCUCCUAAAAUGUCUGUGAAAGUUGAUGAGCUUUCACUCUACACUGUUCCCGAGGGUCAAUCUAAAUAUGUGGAGGAGCCAAGGACCCAACUUGAAGAAAGCAUCUCACAUUUCCGACAUUAUUGCGAGCCAUAUACAAGUUGGUGUCAGGAAAUGUAUUCCCAAACUAAACCCAAGAUGCAGAGUUUGUUUCAAUUUGGCUUAGACAGCUAUGAUUACCUCCAAAAUUCGCCUCCUGGAUUUUUUCCAAGACUAGGUGUUAUUGGUUUUUCUGGCUUUGUUGGACUCCUUUUGGCUAGAGGUUCAAAAAUAAAGAAGCUGGUGUAUCCACCUAGUUUCAUGGGAUUAGCUGCCUCUAUUUAUUAUCCACAACAAGCCAUCGUAUUUCUCCAGGUCAGCGGAGAGAAAUUAUAUGAUUGGGGUUUACGUGGAUACAUAGUCGUAGAAGAUUUGUGGAAGGAGAACUUUAAAAAGCCAGGAAAUGUGAAGAAUUCUUCCGGAAAUAAGUAGAAUACUCCACACUCUACCCGUUUUAAUCAGUUACAGGUAAAAAUUGGAAACUCCAUAAAGUAAACCACUAUUUCUGCAGAAAAAAAUGGCAGAGAAUUCGUUAUUGAAUGUAGCAAAUUGGCUUUCUUCAGGAAAAUCUACAUUAGGCCUCUUUGUUAACUUAAAUGAUGCUGAACUAGACGCGGACUAACUGAAAUCCUUUCACCUAAGAUAAUGUACAAGCCUUAGAACUUCUCGUUCUCAUGUUGCUGUUUAUGUACAUAAUUAAAAUUCUAAGUUAACAAAAAA